UUCAGUUUAUGCCCCGCCAAAAAAAAAUUGAAGAUCCGGGGCUGCAUCAACACCAGUACAGGUAGCUAAAAUAUAGAAGGAUGAUAAAAUAAGAAAUAUAAAACUUGCGUUUUGCGUAAUUGCAUACGCCCAGUCUUGCCUCGAUUCAACCUCUCUUUACCGUUUAUUUGUUGCAUUCUGUUUCAGUGCACGCUCUGACCACGUCAUUCUGUGCAGCAAAGUGUUCGAAAGCGGUCAACUUCAAACUUAGCUUUUAAAAGCAAGAUGGAUCGCUGGGUGGGCAAGACAGCCGUGGUGACGGGCGCGAGCUCAGGCAUCGGUGCAGCCAUCUGUGUGGAGCUGGCGAACGCUGGCAUCAACGUCGUCGGCGUCGCCAGGAGGACCGGACCUAUUGAAGAGCUGAAGACACAAGUCAAAGGCAAGGGCUCCAUCACAGCUCGUCAGUGCGACGUGUCGAGCCCGGAGGCUGUGGCGGCGACCUUCAAGUGGAUCGACGACAACCUCGGCUGCGUCCACAUCAUGGUCAAUAACGCGGGGAUAUUCACACAAGGAGGAAUCACUGACGUUGGCGGUGACAUGAUAAGCGAGAAGGACAUUAUGUCGGUCAUUGAUAUCAACUUGAAGGGACCCAUACUGUGCUCGAGACACGCCAUCGCUUCUAUGACGAAAAAUAAGUUCGACGGACACAUUGUUAACAUCAAUAGUAUCGCGGGCCACUACGUGCCAUGGUCGUCCAAGUUCAACGUGUACGCGAGCAGCAAGUACGGCGUCACCGGGUUUUCCGCCUCGCUGCUCAACGAGCUGGCUGACCAUAAGAACAAGAUCAAAGUUACUAGCGUGUCCCCGGGGCUGGUGCGGACGGCGAUGACAGUGGCUGCGGAUGACAGCGGGAUGCCCGCACUCAGUCCCAAGGACGUCUCCGAUGCGGUGCUCUAUGUCAUCUCUACCCCACCAACGGUUAACAUAAACGAGCUCACAAUAACACCAGUGACAGAAAGGAGGUUGUAAUUAAAAGAACUACUUUAUUGACUACAACAUUUUGGCACAACACUAUACACUAAGUUAAGGCGACUACACGGAGGCAUUUGAGAAGGAGGAGGAGGCGAGGCCCAGCAUGCUGGUGCCGAACUGCAGCAGUGCUCGGAGGACGUCCAUCUUGAGGGUCCACAGCGGUGACGUGGAAGACUGUGACGAGUGCGAUGACUGCGACUGCACACAAAUACAGAUAAUAUUUUAUUAACAUUAAGUUAAGUAUUAAUAAAAUUAAUUAAUAUCGUCAUCGUCGUUAUUAUAAUAAAUAAUAUAUUAUUUUUUAAAUAUAAUAAGUCACUUGUGCUGUUUUCACGUCGUUAAAGGUGCUUUUAUGAAGAUUUUUUUUAACUUACCACAAUCAUGUCAUGUAUCUGUAAUUAAAUGUAAGAAAUCGAUGUUUUUUAAA